CAGAGGGAAGAUGAGAGGGCAGGCCGAAGGGAGUCCUUGGUUCUGCUGGGUCCCCAGGCCCGGGGAGUCCCCAGCCUAACGCACUCUCCUUUCCAUUCACAGGCCCAGCCUCCUGACCACGGCGCCGCGCAUGGGGCCAUGGCCCUGCUCCCCGGGUCCGUGGAGCCCGGGCGGCGGCAGCAGGGCCCACGCCCGGCACAUCAUCAUCAAUGUGGGCGGCUGCAGGGUGCGCCUGGCCUGGGCCGCGCUGGCCCGCUGUCCCCUCGCGCGCCUCGAGCGCCUGCGCACCUGCCGUGGCCACGAGGAGCUGCUGCGCGUGUGUGACGACUACGACGUGAGCCGCGACGAGUUCUUCUUUGACCGCAGCCCGUGCGCUUUCCGCGCCAUUGUGGCGCUCCUGCGCGCGGACAAGCUGCGGCUGCUGCGCGGCCCGUGCGCGCUGGCCUUCCGCGACGAGCUGGCCUACUGGGGCAUCGAUGAGGCGCGGCUGGAGCGCUGCUGCCUGCGCCGCCUGCGCCGCCGGGAGGAGGAGGCUGCCGAGGCGCGCACCGGGUCGCGACCUGCGGAGCGCAUGGCGCCGGGAAGUCCCGGCUGCGCCCUGGGGUCCCGCGGGCGGCUGGCGCGUGGCCGGCGGCGCCUGCGCGACUUGGUGGACAACCCGCACUCAGGGCUGGCCGGCAAACUCUUCGCCUGCGUGUCCGUGGCCUUUGUGGCCGUCACAGCAGUCGGCCUGUGCCUGAGCACCAUGCCGGACAUCCGUGCAGAGGAAGAGCGGGGCGAGUGCUCCCGCAAAUGCCGCAACCUCUUCGUGCUGGAGACCGUGUGCGUCGCCUGGUUCUCCUUCGAGUUCCUGCUGCGCUCGCUGCAGGCAGAGAGCAAGUGUGCCUUCCUGCGGACGCCGCUCAACAUCAUCGACAUUCUGGCCAUCCUGCCCUUCUACGUGUCGCUGCUCGUGGGCCUGGCUGCGGGCGGCGCGGCGCGGGCAGGCGCAGGCGCAGGCGGCAACAAGCUGUUGGAGCGCGCAGGGCUGGUGCUGCGGCUGCUGCGCGCACUGCGCGUGCUCUAUGUGAUGCGCUUGGCGCGCCACUCGCUUGGGCUGCGCUCGCUGGGCUUGACGGUGCGCCGCUGCGCGCGCGAGUUCGGGCUGCUGCUGCUCUUCCUCUGCGUGGCCAUGGCCCUGUUCGCGCCACUCGUGCACCUGGCUGAGCGCGAGCUGGGCGCGGGCCGCGACUUCUCCAGCGUGCCGGCCAGCUACUGGUGGGCCGUCAUCUCCAUGACCACCGUGGGUUACGGGGACAUGGUGCCGCGCAGCGUGCCCGGGCAGGUGGUGGCGCUGAGCAGCAUCCUCAGCGGCAUCCUGCUCAUGGCCUUCCCCGUGACCUCCAUCUUCCACACCUUCUCGCGCUCUUACUCCGAACUCAAGGAGCAGCAGCAGCGGGCUGCCAGCCCUGAGCCGUCCCUGCCCGAGGAGAGCACGCGCUCUGCUUGCGCCACCGAGGACAGCUCGCAGGGUCCCGACGGCGCCUUAGAGACUGGGGACUCCGCUGAUGGCGCGUGGGAGCGCGCAGGGCCGGCCUGACCCGGGCGGGGGCCCUGCCUGCGCCCAGAGGUGGCCGUGGCUGGCGGUCACUGGAGGCUGCUCUUCUCCAGCUAGAAACAGAACCGCGGUCCUUGCCUCCCACCACGCAGAGGACAGGGACUGCCCUUGGGGGCAGCAGCUCCUAGCGCCCAAAGGGGCCCCCCUCUGGUGGGUAUACCCAGCCCACGUGCAUGCUAUCAGGAGCAGGCGGCAGAACCAGGCCUGGGCUGGCGCCGGCCCGGAAGUGACGUAGAAAGCCGUCCUGCGCUUUGAGCGGGUCCCUAGGGGGCACCCAGCCUGUCCUCCCUCGCCUCCCUGGGAAGUCAUGGCUCCUCGGCUGGUGAGUCCCAGAGCGUCCCAGCCGGUAGCGACACUGGGAGGUCACACCGCCCCAGGCCUCAGCCUGGCUCUUCCCUGCUCUUCCGCCUGGAGGUCGCUGGAGCAGAGGUGGGGGUGGGGGUGGGGUGCACCGGCGGGCAGUCCCGGAGGAGCAGUCUGGGGGCAGUCCCCUCCUGCCGCGUCCCCCCGGGUGGGCUGUGCCCCACGGGAGGAAGGCCUUCCCGGGGCACCCCGCUCUGCAGAAGUCCGCAUCCCUGCCAAGCCACAGGCACAGAGGUGUCACGUGGAUGCUCGCAGCCCCAGUUCCUUUGGGGGUGCAGCCCUGCCCUCUGACCUCCUUCGCUGGCCCUGUCCUGCGGGGGUCUUCCUGGGUCGCCUCCUCACGGGUGUCCCCUGAAACGCGCCACCCUUUCAGCUGCCAGGGGACUGCACCCUACCCGCUGGGACCCUCGUCUCCAGUAGGGACACUUCCCUGGAGCUCCAGGCCUGGGGGGGCGGUUCGGGGAGGAGAUGGGGGAGGGGGCCUUGAGCUGCUAGAAACCCGUGGUCACUGAGGCGGGAGCCUUUUCUUCUUUGGGGGGGGGGUGGAACCCGCUAAUCCCUGCGCUGAGCCGUGACUUCUGCCAAAGACCCAGCUGCAGGGGAUCCUGCACCACCCAGAGGCCCACCACCACCCC